AUGGCUGUUUCUUCUUCAUCUCCAAUUCCUUUUAUACCAAUUGAUCCUCGUAUUUAUUGUGAAACGAUGAAUGAACUUCAUUCAUAUAUCACAAGUUCUAAACGUGGUUAUUUAACACAAGCUGAACUUUUUCGUUACUAUCGACAACGACAUGAUAAUGUUGAAAUACCUUAUCGUUUAUUAGGCUAUCGAUCAUUACUUGAUUUACUCAGUAGUGAUCAACGUCUAUUUGCUAUUGAUUUACGUCGUGAACCAGCUUAUAUUUAUUCAGCAGUUAAACUUCGUCAACAAAAACGAGAACGGCGACAAGGUAGUACAAGUUUUUCUCGUCAACAUCAUUCAACAAAUACACUUGAUGAACAACAUAUUAUACCUCCUGAUUAUGUUUUUUUUGAUCAUCAUGUACCAUUAAAUGAACACUAUCACCAACAACAACAACAGCAGCAAAAUAUUGAAUCAUCCGAUGAACAUGAACAAUCGAUUGAGAUACAAACUGAACGUCCAUUAACACCAAAUAAUCAUAACAAUUUUGAUAAUAAUGUUUGGCAUACACCACAAUUAGAUGAACAAACUUCAUUAAUGGAUAAUAAUAAUAAUAAUAUUAAUUCCGAGGAGAGAAACAAAGAAUCAAUUCAAUUUACUUCUAAUCCAUUUUUACCAUUACCACCUGAAAUCAAUGAUUCAUCAUCAUUAAUUAAAUGUGAAAAUCAAUAUAAACCAAUUCAACGAAAAAUUAUUUUUCAACAUGAUAAUAAUCAAGAAAAUAAAUUUCCAAUAAUUCGAGAUGUAACAUUAUUAAAAUUUUCAACUCCACGUCUUAAUCGAUCAAUAAGUACAUCAACAACAUCAUUAUCAAAAUCAUAUUCUUGGUAUUUAAUUGAUUCAUAUAUAUUUCUAUUUGCUGUUGUUAUUUCUUUUAUAUUUCUUAGUAUUUAUUUAUAUAAACUUUGUUAA